UGCGUCCUAUCACCAGCUGGGGGAGGCAAGAAGGACGACAGGACAACUGACCCCUCCCCUGUGCGGCUGUGCCUACGCCUCGCCUGAUGCAGCAGGUCCUGCUCAAGUUCUCAUGGACGGACGGGAAACCUGACCAGAGCCACCGGCCGGCCGAGCCCGGCGUAUAAAGAUUCUAGAGAGGCCGCGCGCACCACAAAUCCUUCCUCUAACGGACGCGCGCAUUUAUUCUGUGUAGUGUAAGCUCCCCACCACCUUUCUCCUCGCUGCCCAGACAAGGACUCGGAAAAGCACCGGGCGAUCGCCGCUGUCCCAGCCAGCCAUUGAAGCCACCACCCACGCCCUUCACACGGCCCGGCAACGCACGGCAACAACGCGCGAGGUUCCGUCUCACCAGCCAUGAUGCAUCGGCCCUUCCGCGCCGUCCUCGCCGCCGCCGUCGUCGCGGGGCUGGUGUGCGCGCCGGGCGUCGCCGAGGCGGGCACCGGCAUGUUCAUCUACGCCGGGUGCUCGCCGUCCAAGUACCAGCCGGGCACCCCGUUCGAGGCCAGCCUGGAGUCGCUUCUCACCUCCGUCGCCAACGCGGCGCCCAACGCCGGGUACAGCACCUUCACGGCGGGGGCCAACGGCACGGGCGCCGCCGGCGCCGCGGUGUACGGGCUCUACCAGUGCCGCGGCGACCUGGACGGCGGCGACUGUGCGGCGUGCGUGCGGGACGCCGUCGGGCAGCUGGGCCAGGUCUGCCCCGCGGCGUACGCGGCGUCGCUGCAGCUGGAAGGAUGCUACGUGCGGUACGACAGCAGCAACUUCGUGGGCGCGCCCGACACCGCCAUGGUGUACCGCAAGUGCAGCACCAGCAGCAGCAGCGACGGCGGCUUCCUCGGGAGCCGGGACGCUGUGCUCGGGGAUCUGCAGCAGGGCGCGGGCGCCGGCGCCGGCGGCUACAAGGUGGCCAGCUCCGGCAGCGUUCGGGGCGUGGCGCAGUGCCUGGGCGACCUCGCGGCGGCCGACUGCACGGCGUGCCUGGCGCAGGCGGUCGGGCAGCUCAAGGGCACCUGCGGCACCGCGCUCGCUGCCGACGUGUACCUGGCGCAGUGCUACGUCAGGUACUGGGCCGACGGCUACUACUUCCGCCCGGCACAAGAUUCGCAGGGCGAUGUUGGGAGGACGCUGGCCAUCGUCGUCGGCAUCUUGGCGGGGCUGGCACUCUUCGUGGUCUUCGUCUCUUUCCUUAGGAAAACAUGUAACUAAGCAUCUUCUGUAAUCUCGUGGUCAGCCUAGCUGUGGGUCAGGGCAUUGUAAUCUCAUUUUGUUAGCAAUAGAUGUGGAGCAUCGCCUAUCGGGGGAGCACUAUAUUGA